UCUUUCCAUCGCACUCGCCCAGGAGCCAUUUCAGGGGAAAGAUGACUUGAAGAGGGGGGGAAAGGCGGGAAGCGUCCCUUUAACUGCAGCCUUAAAAAAAAAAAUUUAAAAAAUCCCCUCAGGCUGCAGUUAAAGGGACGCUUCCCGCCUUUUCUUUCAGAGGCCUUAAAGUGCUGGGAGGUAGGAGGGCAGGAAGGAGCAGGUCUUAAGUUUCUUUUAAACCGCGCUUUCUUCCCCCUUCGUGGCAAAUCCUUGUAUAAGAGGUAAUUCUAACCGCCCCCCCCGACCCAAGUUGGUGAAAAAUACGCUCCCUCGUUAUGGGGGGAGAGGAGAGCAGAUCACAACAACCUUCUACAGUUGGGGAAACAGCCCCCCCCCCACCACAAACACACUUUGUAUAUUGGGGGGGGGGGGGUCCUGGAUCCAUGAACAAGGAAGGGAAGCGCGCAUAUUAAUGGAGUGGGGGGUGCCAUCCCCUUACCAGUUUGGGGAGCGUGUGGUAACUUUAUUAAUAGUAGCAGGAAUGACCAAACGCCAUUUUGAAAGGAAAACGGAUAGGAACCCUUUAUGAAUAGGUGCUGGUGGUGGGGGGAGAGAGACAGAAAAUCCCGAAUUUGCAAGAGUUGAGAGGUAUUUCUCAGACUAGGAGGGGGAAUGAGAGAAACCCACAUAAAUAAGUAUGGGGCUAGCUAAUAACUUUUUCUUUGGGGUAAGGGAUAGCUUUUUAACAUGGGUCAGAGAGCUCAUCUAUAAAGGUGGAGUAACUUGUGUUUUUUGGGCAGGGAUUAUAUUGUCUCUUUGUCAAUACAGUACUGUACAGUAUAGAAGAAUUAUCCCACAUUUAUUGGUGUUGGGGAGGGGGGAGGAGAUACAGAAAGUAAAGGAGGGGCCAUUUAUAGCAGAAGGGAAGCUUAUUUAAAUCACUCCCCACUCCCAUCCUCUCCAGGAGGACAAAGCAAAGUCCCCCUUAGUAGGAGUGUGAGGAACUAAACUGGACUGAUUUAUGGUUAGGGAGUGUGGAUUCCUUUCAAGCACACACUGAGAAGAUAUUUCAUAUAUGGGAGAGCUGAUCACACAUAUCAUCAUUAUGAGUUGGCAUGUAUUCCAGUGUCACAAUUAUUCAAUAUUUUAAGGCCUUGUUAAGCAUCUUUCUAAGUCUAUCCUUAAAAUUGGUUUCUUGGUUUUGAGUAAGUUGAUAAUAACAUUCUCUCCCUGCUUUUCCAUUUCAGUUACAGGCACUUUGUUGCAAGGCCAGGAGUUAAAGAUGUAUUUCUGUAGAAGAAACAAUUUUAUGGUGGUAGUUUCUUUUCUAAUUUUACUGUCCUUUGAAGCAUACUUGUGGCUGAUGCAAACCCCUUUGCUGCCACAAACAAUACAGUCAACGGAUCUCUGCAAAGGUGAGAUUGCCAAUGAUACAAUAACAGCUUUAAAAUAUAAUAAAACAUUUAUCAUUUCACCGUAUCACGAUGACAGAGAAGGAAACCUAACUCGUGUGAUCGCAGUAGUGCGCUACAAGAAAAUACAGGACCUUUAUUGUUGGUUUUGCUGUAGUCAUGAUGGCCAUGUCACCAUAAUAAGAGCAGCCAUAGACAUUCACUUGGAUAGAACUGAUUUCCCUUUUGGUCCAGCAGAUAUCGUGUGCUUGGAACCCAGAAAGUGCUCUCCAAAAUACGUGUCAAUUCAUUCAUCUCCUAGAGGGAAGAUCGACAAGCUACCAAGGUUUGAAAUUAAGAACCGUGUGCCCAAGGAUUCAUUUUCUGCUGAAUUCACCCUUUGUCUCCCUGUCAUGUUUGGAAACUACAGCAAUGUCUUGCAGUUCAUACAAAGCAUGGAAAUGUAUAAAAUUCUUGGUGCACAGAAAGUGCUGGUCUACAUGUACAACUGCAGCCAACUCAUAGAGAAAGUAUUGGAAUUUUAUGUUGCAGAAGGUACCAUGGAUAUUAUUCCAUGGCCAAUUUUUUCAUAUGUUAAUUUAUCUUCUUUCUGGUAUUCUUCCAAAGACUGGGACUAUGGGAAAGCUACAGUCCUAAAUGAUUGCAUCUACCGCAAUAUGUACAGGAGCAAAUAUGUGGUUCUUAAUGACAUUGAUGAAAUUAUCCUACCCAUUAAGCAUCUGAGUUGGAAAACAAUGAUAAGCGAUCUUGAGGAUCGAAAUCCAGAGACAGGCAUCUUCUUGUUUGAGAACCAUUUAUUUCCUCAGCAUAUCUUUUCCUCUACAGACACACUCAACAUUUCAUCCUGGAAAAUGGUCCCAGGAACUAAUAUACUGCAGCAUAUUUACAGAGAGCCCAUUAAACUGAAGUUUAGUAAUCAGAGAAAGAUGAUCGUUAAUCCAAGAGCAGUGGUUCAGACUUCAGUCCACACCAUUCUCAAAGGUUAUAGUAAGACGCUGGUAGUUCCCAAAGAGAUUGCAAUUCUUUAUCAUUGCAGACAGUAUGUUGAAAAAGAGGUCCCUGGAAAAUACCUCAUUAGGGACACAACGAUCUGGAGAUACAAUGUUUCUUUGAUUAAUAAUGUUAACAACAUACUUGAAAAACAAUUCCCUAGAAAGAGUUCCAAGUUUAGAUGGAAUAAAUUCUAGGAGGCAGUGUAGCUUUUAUAAACAGUUGUAUUUUUACACAUACAAAAUUACUUACUAACAAAGUGCUGGUGCAAUCCAUAUGCUAAAUUUGUAGAACUUAAUUCUACAAUUGGAAAUGUACAACCACCUACUGUAUGCUCAGUAAAGUUGUAAGGAUUUAAAAAAAAAAACAAUUCCCCCAGACAUCAGUUUCUAUUAACUGUUACCUGGACUUAAAUCUACACUAUAGAUUGCCCUAAGGUCAUACUCUUAGAACUGUCAUGGCUUUCUUCAAAAAAUCCUAGGAACUGUAAUUCACCGACUGUUUCUCUAUUCCUCUCCCUUUUCACUGUUUCGUUGCUUAACAUCCUGUCCAAUGAAUAGUUUUGAAAAACUUGCUUAUCAUUUUGUGCAGUUUAUUUGGUCCUGAAUAAAGAAUUUAUCUGAUGGUU